CAGAUUGAGACUGACCACGACAUUCUCUCUCAUACCAGUGAUGGCACGGCUAGCAGAGGCCCCCCGGACAGCACACACAGUAACAUGAGCGUGCUGGAUCUGCAUCAGCUCGAGAAACCUGUUCAUGAAGAGGAUGAGUGGCCUCAGAAGCCUCUAGCGCAGCCACUGAAGCUCGACGCGUGGACGUCUAAGGCACAACGUGAGCAAGAAACGUUCCAUCGAUACGUUGAAAAACAUGGCCCUGAUAUCUGGAGCACUGUGUGGAACGGUAUCUGGACAGGUGGCGACGUCAAAGAAGUGCAAGAUGAAGACGGCGAAGUCAUCAUGACGGUGUAGAAUCAAAGGUCAGUUGGGUGAAUGAAUUGAGUGCCUAAA